ACUGAUGCUCACCCAAACCCUAACCUUUUCAAUUCCCCCAAAUUUGUCUCUUUUCUAGUACCCUUUCACCACCGCCGAUUCACCUUCCUCAACCUAACUCCCAGCACAAACAUCAAUUUCUCUCCACGCACACUUUAUUCUACCCCACAACUAUAUGAAUUCCACCUAGCUAAACCACCUGUUGGGCAGAUUCUUUGGCAAUUUUUGUUCUUAACUCUUAAGGAUGCGGGAGAUCAUUGGUGGUGCAACUAUAGCUAUAAGCCUUAUCUAUGAACAGAAGCUUGAUUUGGAGUGGGUUGGGGAAGCUUCUUCGGCUAGGCCAGACAUGCCUAUAAAUCAAUUUGGUUCAUUCAAUGGUGUGGAAAAUAGGCAGUUUUGGACCUUAAUCCCUAAGUUUUUUACCAUGGAUUUGGGAGCCUCAAAGGCUUUUAUAUUUUUGAGUGUUAAGCCGCCACUGGCGUAUGUUCAACCUAAGGUAACUGCUGUUCGAGAAAAUCAGACUCCUUCUUUGAUAAGUCCUACCAAGGAACCUCCAAGCAAACAAAUAUCCAAAACAGGUAUUGGGGGGCAGAGGAAAACUAGGAAGGAGAUUAAUAUGGAGAUUGAUGCAUGUGCUCUUCUGGAGAUUCCAGAAACCUGCGGUGGAGUCUUUGUCCUUGGCAACAAGAAUCAUUAUGCUGCAAGGGUAGGUGGCUGCAGUGGCAGAGCUAAGAAUUUAUCUUAGGGGGGCCGUGCAAAGUGAUUAAAGAAGAAAAUUAAAAUAUCAAAUUGCAU